AUGGCUACGAAGCAAGCUCAUAAGAGAUUAACAAAAGAGUACAAGUUGAUGGUGGAAAAUCCUCCUCCAUAUAUUCUUGCCCGUCCUAAUGAAGACAACAUUUUAGAGUGGCACUACGUCAUCACAGGCCCUGCCGAUACUCCUUAUAAGGGAGGUCAAUAUCAUGGUACUUUAACUUUCCCAUCUGAUUAUCCGUACAAGCCACCAGCUAUCAGAAUGAUAACACCGAAUGGACGUUUCAAGCCCAACACACGAUUAUGCCUCUCCAUGAGUGAUUAUCACCCUGACACCUGGAAUCCUGGCUGGUCUGUAUCUACCAUUUUAAAUGGGUUACUGAGCUUCAUGACUAGUGAUGAAGCUACGACAGGAUCGAUUACCACGUCAGACCAUCAAAAGAAGACAUUGGCAAGGAAUUCCUUAAGUUAUAACACUUUUCAAAAUGUUAGAUUCAAAUUGAUUUUUCCUGAAAUUGUAGAAGAAAAUGUAGAAACAUUAGAAAAGAGAAAAUUGGUUGAAGGGGAUGCUGCAAAUACGGGCGAUGAAACAGAAGACGCUUUUACAAAGGCUGCCAAGGAAAAAGUCAUUUCUUUGGAGGAAAUUCUGGAUCCUGAAGACAGAAUACGCGCUGAACAAGCGUUGAGACAAUCAGAAAUUAAUUCCAAGAAAAAUGGCAAAGAACCCAAUGGUAGCUCUUCCAUGGUUUAUAUUGGUAUCGCUAUUUUUUUGUUUUUGGUUGGCCUUUUUAUGAAAUGA